AUGAGUGACAAGGGAGGAAACAACCACUCGGAUGUAACUGACUUCAUUCUUGCAGGCUUCAGGGUGCCUCCAGAGUUCUACAUUCUCCUCUUCCUCCUGUUCCUACUGAUCUAUGUCAUGGUCCUUUUGGGGAACAUUAUUAUGAUGGCAGUCAUUGUGACUGACUCCCAGCUGAACACACCAAUGUAUUUCUUUCUAGGAAAUCUGUCUUUCAUUGACCUCUCCUACUCCACUGUUAUUGCUCCUAAAGCCAUGGUCAUCUUCCUGUCUGAGAAAAAAAACAUAUCCUUUGGAGGAUGUGCUGCCCAGCUUUUCCUUUUUACACUCUUCAUUGUAACAGAGGGAUUUGUCCUGGCAGCCAUGGCCUAUGACCGCUUCAGUGCCAUCUGCAAUCCUCUUCUUUAUAGUGUCUACAUGUCAAGACACCUCUGCAGCCAGCUGAUGGCUGAUUCCUAUUUCUGUGCCUGGGUCAGUUCCACCAUUCAAGUCAGUGUGACAUUCUCAGUGUCUUUUUGUGCAUACCGAGUCAUUGAUCACUUCUACUGUGAUUCUUACCAAAUUGAGAAGAUCUCCUGCUCUAAUCUCUUUGUCAAUAAGAUGGUAUCUCUGAGUUUGGCUAUCUUCAUUAUUUUUCCCACAAUAGUUGUCAUUGUAGUAUCUUACAUGUACAUUGUGUCCACAGUCUUGAAGAUUCCCUCCACUGAAGGGAGAAAGAAAGCCUUCUCCACCUGCAGCUCCCACCUUGGGGUAGUGAGUGUGCUUUAUGGGACUGUCUCAUUUGUGUAUCUCAUACCUCCCAGCAAUCCUGAACUCCGCAAAGUGGCCUCAGUAUUUUACAUACUGGUGACACCCAUGUUAAACCCUCUGAUCUACUCUCUAAGAAACAAAGAUGUCAAACAAGCUUUGAGAAAAAUCCUAGGGAACAAGAAAGCUUUACCCUAA